AUGGCGGCGGCUAUCGCGAGCUCGCUUAUCCGGCAGAAACGGCAGGCGCGCGAGUCCGGGAGCGACCGCGGGACAGCGUCCGCGCGCCGCUUGAGCCCCGGCAAAGAAGCGCGCGUGCUGUGCGGGAGGCGCCUGUUCGGACUGUUCAGUAAAGUGCGGAUCUGCAGCGGCAAGAAGCGGCCCGCGCCACGAAAACCAGAGCCGCAGCUGAAGGGGAUUGUAACGAGGCUGUUCAGUGAGCAGGGGUUUUACCUGCAGAUGCUACCGGAUGGAACCAUUAAUGGGACCAAGGAUGAGAACAGCGACUACACUCUCUUCAAUCUGAUCCCGGUGGGUCUGCGUGUUGUGGCGAUUCAGGCUGUGAAGGCAGGACUCUAUGUGGCCAUGAAUGCCGAGGGCUUCCUCUACAUAUCAGAUAUUUUUACAGUGGAGUGUAAGUUUAAGGAGAGCGUAUUUGAGAAUUAUUAUGUCAUCUACUCCUCCACUAUGUAUCGUCAGCACGAGAGCGGCCGCGCCUGGUUCCUCGGCCUCAGCAAGGACGGCAUCAUCAUGAAAGGCAACCGGGUCAAGAAAACCAAACCGUGCUCACACUUCGUGCCCAGGCCUCUUGAAGUGUGCAUGUACAAGGAACCUUCGCUGCACGAGAUCGCGGAUAAGCGCAGCUUACAAGGCUCAGGACCAGGGACACCGAGCAUGAACGGAAGGAAAGAGCCGACCCAGGACUUGACCCAGCAGGAUGGCUCAUAGCUGCUCAAUCACACAAUAAUACACUCGCACACACACUCACAAUCACACACACCUACUCCACUAUACAUACAGCACCUCCCGGAGCUCGCACCUCAGCAGGAGAAAAAAAACCCCCCAGAAACCCGACAAUAGAAAGCAGACUGAAUCCUGCGAUCCUGUGAAUGUCUCCGAAAGGGAAAAAAAAGCCUGGAUUUGAAAUCAGGACAUUUUAUGCAAAGCCUGUCAAGUGUGUGUACGUUACCUCGGACACAGAACAACGAUAGUGUGUGUGUGUGUGGAUGUCUCUGCGUGAUAGUGUGUGUGUGGUUGUGUGUUUGUAUGGAAGUUUAAGCUUUAAAGCCAUGUACCCAAUCCUCACGUGUCUGUUCGCAGUUGCACUUUCAUGCGCUUAAGUACGUGUGUACGUGUGUAUGUGUACGUGUGAGUGUGUGUAUGCGUAUGCCGUGACCAUCGCUAGCGAUCAUGCGUCUCAAGUCCUGCUCUUCAACCCGAUCCGCUUGAGUGGCGUGCUGUGACUGGCUGAUGGGCUGUGUUGUGAUCUCAGUGGUAUAAAAGCGACAUCAUACGAGAAGUAAAAGGCACAUUCAGGAGUAUUUGUGUUAAAAUCUAG